UGUGCGGUUCGAACUACUUUGAACCAGGGAGUAGUUUUGAACAUCCGGCCUGAAUGCAGAAAGUUUGAUUUUUACCUAAUCAUUGUGGUCGAGUUGCCUGGUAGUCCCUGCUUGCUUAUUUUUCUGUCGGUGGCGAGACUUAGUCCUGCGUGCAUGAAGUAAUAAACAGACUCUGUGUCUCAGCUGUGAAGGGCCAGCUAUGGAAGUAUGGCUACUGUGGCUAAUGUUCGGGGGGUUGUCUUGUUUAGUUGCUGUCAGAGCUGAUGAUGCUGUACCUUGGCCUGAGAAAAAGGCUCAGUUAGUGGAUGUGGGUGCGGCAGAACAUCAUCGUGUGCGCAGGCAGGGCACAGCUAGAAUGCCACUACGAAUAACCCCGGUGUAUGAUGAUGAUUCAGUCAAUGCGUUACCGACAGCUAACAGAACUAUAUUGCAGGAGCUGGUACAGGAGAUGGUCAGUUACUACUCAGUGCGCUACUCUGUUGACCGUCUUACUGCACCAAUUCGAAUCAGUCCAUCCUGCGCUGGUGGAAACUAUUUCCCCACCAAAAGUGACUCAACUAAGAUAGCGUGUAGAGAAUCAUGUACUGUCACUACCAAAUGUGGUCUGGCUGUUGUCAAGCCAGUACAUCUCAAGGCGUGCUAUUCGUGUCAGGCUGGAGGACUGAACUGUAGGUACAGUGGAUCAAAUGGCACUGGUGGGACAAAUUCCGACAUUGUAGUUUACAUCAGCGCUAAGCAUGAAUCACUGUGCGCCACUACUGGAUCGUCUACUCUUGGAUUUGCACAGCAUUGUGCUCAGGAGAGUGUGCUGAAUAGGCCCAUAUUUGGUAACCUGAACUUGUGUCCCAAUCGCCUGGAGACGUCAAAGAGCGUGCGUCCUCACUUGCGUGGUCUCAUACUCCAUGAGAUGUAUCACAUUCUGGCCAUGACACCAUCAUUAUUUGCAUUCUACCGUGAUGAGAAUGGAGCACCCCGUACUAGUAGGGGUAUGGAUGGCUUUCCCAACUUAUCACCUCAGUUCCUGACAACAACCAUGAAUGGUUUUGAUUUCCCGGCAAACUCUGUAUAUAGUUGGUCUGACAGUGUUGUGGACACGACCACUAUCCCCUGGCAAUCAGCCACUGGAACUACUCAACUCGCCUACUACAUCAUGAAAACACCGAAAGUCAGAUCGUAUGUCCGUCAACACUUCAAUUGUCCCUCACUAGCAGGUGCCCAGCUGGAGAAUCAAGGUGGAAGAGGAACUGCACUAGCACAUUGGGACCAGAGAGUGUUUGGAAAUGAAGUCUUGACAGGAGUGACAACAUCCGAGUAUAUCUUCUCCAACCUGACCAUGUCGCUAAUGGAAGAUAGUGGAUGGUAUGACGCAAACACGAGCUUGGCUGAGCCAUUGAUCCUAGGCGAGGGGCUUGGCUGCGACUUUGUGCGGACAAGUUGUCGGGCGUGGAUGACCUCCAAAGAGUCACAGAAUUUGGACAUUUCACCGUACUGUAAGGAGACCACAAACACAGGGCACAGCCUGCGUUGUGAACCGGAGCGGAGGGCAGUUGCUUUGUGCUCACUACGGCAAUACGAUCAGCCACUACCGGCACAAUACCAGUACUUUGGCGGAGCGCUGACUAUUCCCGGUGUUGUAAGUGGAGACCUGGAUAAAUACGGAUCUCAAGUCGCACUAGCUGAUUACUGUCCCAUGCUUAAUAGGUUCAACAAGAAUGACAUGACAAAUUCAAUAUGCACUAUUGAAUCCAACGCGCCCACAGCAUCAGACGUUCUGGACUUACAGUAUUAUGGGAGUGGAUCACGGUGUAUACAACAGGGAGGACAGUUUAGCCGAGUAUCAGGUCGAGUACGUGUCACACCGAGGUUAUACGGUGCUGGUUGUUACAGGGUACACUGUGUAGCUCCUAGCUCACUAUUUGUAGACGUUGGUACCAACAGAAUCAACUGUACUAAAAGAUCCAGUGCACCUGUUAGCGUCAACGUUACAAUAAAUGGUGACGUAUUUAACGGCUCUAUCAUAUGCCCUGACUACAAGACAGUGUGUUAUGGCUCGUUGAUCACCUCCAGUCUCCCGGCUCAAGUUCAAUGUCCAAACAACUUCAACUGCCCGGUGCCUAGCUCAUCGUCACGACUACUGACAUGGACAGUUUGGAAAUCCGUUCUUAUUCUUCUGGUUCUGCUGAAAGUCCUUCUCUAACAACUACAUGUACGGGUAGUUGUAUUUCUUGACUUUGUCCUUGAUUUGACCAUUGUCCUUGAUUUGAUCAUCGUCCUUGAUUUGAUCAUCGUCCUUGAUUUGAUCAUCGUCUACAGUCCAUUGGCUAUAGUGUUAUCUCUUAAACUGUCGAAUCCUAUAAUUAUAAUAAUAGGAUUUUUUGAAUUUUUUCCAAUAAUCAUGACCAUGCAUCUCUCCCCCCCCCCCCCCCCCCCCCGGGAUAAGUUGUGUGCCUAAAUUGUAUUGUCAGGUGUUAGGGCAAUAUCAGUGGUCUCUCUUCAGAAGUUUUCAAGAGUGCCAGUAUUGUCGCUCGACUCAUACAGGUGUUUUAGAGAGGACAUGUCAGUUUCUUUUUGACAGAUUGAUACUGUGGAAGCAGAAAUAUUCGUCUGCAGUUUAAUUUCGUCAUUUUCGUCCAAGGAUCUUUUAGAUUAAAUUAAAUGCCGGACUACUGUCGAUUUGUCCAGCUUUUCAA